AGGUGCCUGGCCCCCCAGUCCCGUCCAGUCCGGGGCGGUGCCGCGGGCAGGGGAUCCCCGGCGCGCUGCAGGCGCCCCGCGGGGUCCGUGAGAAGCCCCCGAUCGAGGACCCCUUGGCAUGGCGGCCGCGGCCGGGGACGCGGAGCAGGAUAAGUUACAUCCAAGGAAUCUUAUCCCAGAGCUUUGUAGACUGUUUUAUGGUUUAGGCUGGGUGACGGGAACUGGUGGAGGAAUCAGCUUGAAACAUGGGAAUGAAAUCUACAUCGCUCCUUCAGGAGUCCAGAAGGAAAGAAUACAGCCAGAAGAUAUGUUUGUUUGUGACAUGAACGAACAGGACAUCAGUGGUCCUCCACUGCACAAGAAGCUAAAGAAAAGCCAGUGCACACCUCUCUUUAUGAAUGCCUACACUAUGAGAGGGGCAGGUGCAGUGAUCCAUACUCAUUCCAAGGCUGCUGUUAUGGCUACCCUUCUUUACCCAGGGACUGAGUUCCGUAUUACCCAUCAGGAGAUGAUAAAAGGAAUCCAGAAAUGUACUUCAGGAGGCUAUUACAGAUAUGAUGAUACACUAGUGGUUCCCAUUAUUGAGAAUACACCAGAAGAGAAGGAUCUCAAGGAAAGAAUGGCACUUGCAAUGGAAAAAUACCCAGACUCUUGUGCUGUAUUGGUCAGACGUCAUGGUGUUUAUGUAUGGGGAGGAACAUGGGAAAAAGCCAAAACAAUGUGUGAGUGUUAUGAUUACUUGUUUGAUAUCGCAGUGCAGAUGAAGCAGCAUGGGCUAGAUCCUUCAAAACAUCCAGCUGGAGAAAACGGGAUCUUGUAAAUGUCAACAACAUUUAUAUUCAGGUUUCUUACGUGGUGGUGGGAGUUCCAGAUUUCAACUCACACUUGGAGCCAGAAGGGGGUGCUGUUAUACUCAGGGGAUUGACAGAUGCCAGCAGGCAGUUUUAGAUUGUUCAACGCAUCCAAGAAGAAAAGGAGACUUCAAAACAACUGAAUUGCUAUUUAUGAAUCCUGUUGAGCGCUACAGUAGCAGAAAUGAAAACUGAGAUGCAAAAAAAAGAUUUUGAAUAACUAUGGAGAACUAACAUGACAUUUUGUUUGUGUGCCUUAAAAAUUGACAUUUCAACAACCUACAUUGGCUGAUCCUGCUGUAAUUCUAUAUUAUAACUCUCCACUUCUGAAAGUUAUAGUAGCUUUUAUUCUUCAGGAAAAAAAGAGAGGACAACCCCUUAAUUAGAAGUUAAUAAAGUUUAAAGCAUUGUUUGAACUGUGAUUCCUUCAUGCCAUGUUCAUAGCUUUUUUUUUUAAUUAAGCCUGUAGCAUACGUAUUUUUAAAUUCUCCUAAUUGUCAUUAUAAUGAGUAGGAAACACAUAAUUUUAUAGUGUGUAUUUUGUAGUUACUGGAAGACUGCUGUGGGUCUUGUCUGGUUUUUACAUCUUUACAUUCCUUCACUUUGAGUAACAUUUUGUUUAUUGCAACUUCAGAACAACUUUUUAUGACCUCUGAUUAGCCCCCCUAAGGUAGAUUUAAUCAAAGUGCUCAUUAAAAUGUAGUAUCGCAUAUUUAUGACACAGUGUCUUUCAAAAUCUUCUGCAAUGGCUCCCCAGUGGCAUUAUUGAAAGCCUUCAGUGACCAGUUUUCAGAUUGAGUGUUGAGACUCUGUUCCCAAGGGUGAAUUGAGACAGGGUAGGCACCAACUGUGACCUUGUUCUCUGUUAGGGGCCGUGCAUUCCCACUGCUUUCUCUUACAACGUCUCUGGCUUUUUUUUUUUUGAGCUUCCAUGAGGUGAAUUAACUCUUCAACCUAAAAGUGGGAGUGGGGGAAAGAAAAUUACUAAAUUAUUUCCUAAUAAGCCACUGGUCAAAGGUGUGUUCAAAGAGAACCAGAGCCAGGGCAAAAGAUAAGAGGGAUGAUUCCGGAGAUGGCAGACAACACUUUCCCCUUUUCCUGGAAAUGACAGUUAAGUUCAAUGUCUUGUAAAUGUUGGGCAUGUUUGUCAUUCCCUACAGUGCUAUACUUGCUACAGCUUCCCUGUAGUGCUGUACCUGCAGCGUGUAACCUUUAAGCCUUAUGGGGUGUGCGUGACCUUGGUUAUUGUGAAAUAGUGGUUAUCACUGCCUUACUGCAGAUUGUUGGCUAUAUGUUUAUCAAUACAUUUUUUCAGUAUUAGGCACUUGUUUGUCAGUGGCAAAUAUUUAAACUGCCUGAUUUCUGCAAAAAAGUAAAUUCCUGUGGUAUUCUGAUGAUGGUUUCAGAACAGAUCAUAAUUGUAUCAUUCCAUAAUGCUGAUGUUUUCUAAGUAUAAGGAAUGUAUAAAGAAGUAUAUUUAUGCUUAGUGUUGGUUUGUUUUGCAUGUAUAAUGACAAACUAUAAAAGAACACUCACGAGGAAAGGUUUUUUUGCCAAAUAUAUUCCUCUAGGGUCAUGUUAAUUACAAAUAUUCACUUUCUCUUCUAGCUCCAAUUUGCCACUCUAUAGCAUUUCUAAAAUUUGUGUAAAACAUCCAAUUUCUAUAGUAACUAAGAAGUUUUGUCAUACAGGAUUCCAAGAUGUUUGGAGUCCCAUCCAGUGAUAUGGAAAUGAGCUAAAUGCACUCUUCUGAUGUGAACUCUCAUCAAAGAAAUUAAUGCCUUUACAACUCUGGUGGCUUCAUAAACUUGUGAAAUGAUUACUGUUUUCUGGUUUUAAGUGUAUAUAAUUUCCUGAUGUGAAUUGCGGGCUAAAAAAGCCAGCUAGAUAUUUUUAUGCAUUUACAGCGGAAGCUUGAUCUCCACUGAGCCGAUUAUCUAGGUUUAGUAUCACCAGAUAGGCUUAUGUCAAAAUGACAUAAUUCCCAUUUCAAGUGGCUCAUCCAAAAAGCUAAGUAAGUUCCAACAUUUCUCAAUAAAAGUAACUUCCUACCAAACAUCCUGUUUGCUUUCCAAGAAGGAAAUAAAACUGCAGAAUACAGCAUCUUGAAACAUUAAGAGAUAGAACUUGUAACUUAGAGUAAGCAGUUAUGAUGCCAAUAUAUGUUCUUUAGUGAAAGCUGUAAUGCCUGAACAACUGGCAUCCUAUUUGCUUUAUCUCCAAAAUUGUAAUUUAAAAAUUAACAUCGAAAAAAUUCACUGUCUAAUGGAACAAUACAAAUAAACCAGUAACCUUCCUCUAAA